UUCCGCUACGGAAGCCGAGCGGUACAAAACGAAUGAGGGACACAUCUGUAACUCCGCCGUCUUCACUCUUUCCAAAUCAUCCAGCAACUCGCUAAUGUAUUUCAAGCGCGUUUUUACGUAAAAGGGGCCACGCUCAGUUACGGGUUGUUGACUUAUGGGUGGAAAGAAGAAGAAAUCAUCCCCCCAGGCUGCUGCAGCGGCAGCGGCGGGGGCCAGCUCCGGUUCUACCCCUGCUGCAGUUGGUGGUACCGGUGCGGUGGAGGACCAGAAGAAGCCUACAUCCAACAGCAAAGCGAGCAAACCAGCUAAAGAGACGAAAUCCAAAGCCCCAAAGACCUACAGUCUAGCAAACACAGCUCAGGUGGACACAGGUGGCGUCUCAGACAAGUCGAUCCUUAAAGUUUAUAUCCAAGCUGAGCUGGAGAAGAAAAUCAUCAAGCUGAUCAAUGAUUUCCGACAGGAGAAUGGGGACAAAGGGGCCAUAUCUGGCCGACUUACUACCAAGAAGCUGUUGGACCUUUACACGGCUCUGGAAAAAUUCAACUUUAAACGAGAACACAUUGAGGAGGCGAUGAAGAGCAGCGUCCUGCAUGGGGGCGACCUCCACUCUGCUCUCGACUGGCUCUGCCUUAAUCUUAAAGACGAUGAGUUACCAGACGGGUUCAGCCAGCAGCUGCAGGAGGAGAGCCAGAAGAGCCGGCCUAAAUACCAGCCUCCACCGCAGCAGCGGCCUGCUGAAGCGAACCCUAAAGCAUCCAACAACACCCGCCGAGACGUCAACAGGGUUUCAGACAAGGACGAAGCCGCAACCGUGAAGGACUGGAUCUUAAGGUACGCAGAGCAGAGCAGUGAUGACGAAGAGGAGGAGGAGGAAGAAGAAGAAGGAGAUAAGAGGAAACGCAACCCUGAACUGGAUGAAAAAUUCGAUCCUAACGACAGGUAUUUGCUCCUCACUGCUCAGCUGUAUGACGCUAAAGAAAUGGCCGCUGAUGCCAAGUCCAAGGGAGACAAAAUGGGCCAGCGGACUGCACAGGACAGGAUUCGGGUCAUACAGCAAGAAAUGAAACAGCUGGAGUCUCAUCCCAUGUUCAACCCCGCCAUAAAAGUGGUAGAUGUCCCUCGGAAGGAAAAGAAGACCCUCCCUGCGGCUGACAAUAAGGACGACCUCAGCUUUAAGCUGUUUGAACAAGCAGAGAAGGAACCUCCGGCAGAAAAAGUCGUGAAAAAGAACGAGCCAAAAGACAUCCGCAACUUUGACUACACGGCUCGCAGCUGGACGGGAAAGUCUCCCAAACAGUUUCUCAUCGACUGGGUGCGAAAAAACCUGCCCAAGAGUCCGCCUCCGGCUUUCCACAAGGUCCCUGCUGGCAGAUACUGGAGAUGCAAGGUCAGAGUCCAAAGAGCGGAGGACGUUCUGGAAGUUUGUCCGACCAUCCUGACUGAGGACAGCAUGCAGGCUCAGCAUCUGGCUGCAACUUUGGCGCUCUACAGACUGGUUAAAGGACAGUCCGUCCACCAGCUCCUGCCUCCAACCUACAGAGACGUGUGGCUGGAGUGGCGAGACGGCGAGCAGCAGCAGCAGGAAGCGAGCCGCACCGCCGCCAACAAACCCCGAGACCAGUUCAUAUCCCGGCUUCUGACCAGACUGAAGCAGCAGCAGAGCCUGAGUCAAGCCCAGCAGGCGGCGAGUCACGACGGGGAGCGGCCCGGCGGGCCGGGAGAGGAGGAGCCGGAGGACUCCUGGGAGAAUUUGGCGAAUCUCAACAUUGAGGAAAAAGGAGGCAACGUUGAAGACAAGAGUGAGAAAAGUAGGCAGAAGGAAGGAGCGGCAGCGCUUCAAGCAGCCAGAGAGCUCUUACUGAAGCUCAAAGAGUCGGCGCUCGCCCACAAGCUGCAGGCAGAGAGAGCGCAACUUCCAGUCUUUCAACACAGACGGCGCAUCCUUGAGGCUCUGCAGCGCCACCGUGUGGUAGUGGUGGCUGGUGAGACGGGCAGCGGGAAGAGCACCCAGAUCCCUCAGUUUCUGUUGGAGGAGCUGUUGACGGGGGGCAAAGCUGCUCGGCCUUGCAGCAUCGCGGUGACUCAGCCUCGCCGCAUAUCAGCCAUGAGCCUCGCCUGCAGGGUCAGCCAGGAGCUGGGCUGCGAGGACGGACCGGGCUCCAAGACGUCGCUGUGCGGCUACCAGAUCAGGAUGGAGAACCUGUCCGGGGACUGGACCCGCCUCUUGUACUGCACGACCGGAGUUCUCCUCAGGAAGCUCCAGCACGACAGACACCUCAGCUCCCUCACCCAUAUCAUCGUGGACGAGGUCCAUGAGCGCAGCGUCCAGUCCGACUUUCUGCUGACCAUCCUAAAAGAUGUUGUGAUGAAGAGGUCUGACCUGCAUCUGAUCCUCAUGAGUGCCACGGUGGACUGUGACAAGUUUUCCAGCUACUUUAACCGCUGCCCAGUGAUCAGCAUCCCAGGCAGGACCUUCCCGGUUGAAGUGUAUCAUUUGGAGGACAUAGUGGAGCAAACCGGAUACGUCCUGGAAAAGGAUUCGGAGUACUGCCAGAAGAUUUUAGAAGAAGAAGACGAGGUCUCCAUCUCUAUCACGCAGAAAGGAGGCAAGACUCUGCAGCACCAGGAGCUUAUAGUGAGGGACCCCUCCUCCGGCUGGGAUCUGGGUCCAGACCUCGACCAUUUCAGCAGCAGGACCCGGCAGGUGCUUCAGUUCAUGAACCCUAAUAAGAUCAACGUGGACUUGCUCGUAGACCUCCUGGACUACUUGGACAAAUCCCCACAGUUUAGCGACGUGGAUGGAGCUGUGCUGGUGUUUCUCCCGGGUCUGGCUCACAUCCAACAGCUCUACGACGUGCUGUCGUCGGACAAGAGGUUCAGAGAGAAAAACAGGUAUAAGAUCGUUGCCCUCCACUCAACGCUUUCGUCCAAGGACCAGGCUGCUGCCUUCACAGUGCCCCCUGCUGGAGUUAGAAAGAUCGUGUUGUCGACCAACAUUGCUGAGACGGGCGUCACGAUUCCCGAUGUUGUUUUUGUCAUCGACACCGGGAAGACUAAAGAAAAUAAGUACCAUGAGAGCAGCCAGAUGAGUUCUUUGGUGGAAACAUUCGUCUCCAAGGCCAGCGCCCUCCAGAGGCAGGGGAGGGCAGGACGUGUCCGCAGCGGCUUCUGCUUCAGACUUUACCCCAAAUACAGGUUUGAUGCCUUUAUGGAUUACUCCAUCCCAGAAAUUCUGCGGGUGCCACUAGAGGAGCUUUGUCUUCAUAUAAUGAAAUGUCAGUACGGGUCCCCGGAGGAGUUCCUGAGCCGGGCCCUGGAUCCUCCUCAGGCCCAGUCCGUCAGUAACGCUGUGAACCUGCUGAGGAAGAUCGGCGCAUGUCAACCCAACAACCACGUCCUCACGCCUCUGGGACACCAUUUGGCAAACCUGCCGGUCAAUGUAAAGAUCGGCAAGAUGCUCAUUUAUGGAGCCAUCCUUGAUUGCCUCGAGCCCAUAGCAACCAUCGCGGCAGCCAUCACAGAGAAGUCUCCGUUUUCCACGCCGAUGAACAGAAAGGAGGAAGCUAACCUGGCCAAAGCCGCUCUGGCAACUGCCAGCUCCGAUCACCUGACCAUAUAUAACGCAUAUAUAGGCUGGAAAACCUCACAAGCUGAUGGGCAGAGAGCAGAGAUGGCCUACUGUCGGAAACACUUCCUCAAUCGGACGGCUCUCAUCACAAUAGAGGAUGUGAAGCACGACCUGAUGAGGAUGAUGGAGCAGGCAGGUUUCUGGUCCUCUCGCUCCUCCUCCUCCUCGUCUCGUCCGAAGCAGCAGCAGCAGCCAGCCUCACUGUCCAAGCAGCAGAUCUGCGUGCUUAACGCGGCGCUGACGGCGGGGCUCUAUGACAGCGUGGCCCGGCUGCUGUGCAACCCCCCCGUGGACGGGCUGGAGCGGGUGGCCUGCACGGUGGAGACGCCUCAGGGCAGAGCUCAGGUCCAUCCUUCGUCUGUCAACCGUAACCUGCAGGUGCAUGGCUGGCUGCUGUAUCAGGAGAAGGUCAAAUACGCUAAGAUCUACCUCCGAGACACCACCCUGAUCUCGCCGUUCCCCAUGCUGCUGUUCGGAGGCGACAUCGACAUUCAGCACAGAGAGAAGCUCAUCACUUUAGACGGAUGGAUUCAUUUCCAGGCUCCGGUACGGAUUGGGGUGAUCUUCAAACAUCUGAGAAAAGUGAUGGAUUCUUUGCUUGAAAGGAAGUUGGAGAACCCGAGAACGAACCUGGAAGGCGACACAACCAUCCAGCUGAUCCUGGAUCUGAUCAAAUCUGAGCACGCUGUGUAACACCGGAGGCCUUUAGAAGAACCGGCACGGCUGUCCUGGCUGCCAUCACGCCUCUGCCUCUAGGUUCCCUGAAACGUGUUCAAAGCCCAGGAGUAGCACCUACAGACACAUUUCACUCACAUUGAGGAGGACUGUACAUGAAACGCAUAAAAAGACAGAAAUUUGAGCUGUAACGUUACCCCAUUUGUGGCUAAAAGUAUGUUGAUUUGUUGUUUUGGUUGAGAUAUUUAUUGUAUCGUGACUGACCAACAAAAUAAAAACUACCAUCAACUGCAAAAAAAAAAAAAAUUAAAUAAAGAAAGAAAUUUUUUGUGAGUUUUAGACCCUUGGUAGAAACACUUAAUGUUUUGGGGAAUUUUUGUUAAAACAGACUAAGGAAUAAGUCUUUCUUUACCCUUUUUCUUUCAGAGAUUUCAGAUCUUGUCCUAAAAACGUGUUUAAAGCCUGACAUGUUGAAUCUUUCUUAUUAAAACCUCUGAUUUGUAUAUAA